ACGAAAGAAAAUGAGAGCAUCAAGGUGGUGGUUGUUGUUGCUGUUGGCGCUCGUUGUGUUGGUGAGCUCGUGUGCCAUGCGGCGUGUCGAGGCGGCGGUGGGGAUUGAGCCACCGCAGAAGCUGCAGUGGCAUUACUACCGGAACUCAUGCCGCGACGCCGAGAGGUACGUGAGGACCCAGGUCGAGUUCUACUGGAAGCUGGACAAGAGCCUCGCUCCCAAGCUCAUCCGAAUGCUCUACGCCGACUGCUUCGUCACGGGGUGCGAUGCGUCAAUUCUAUUGGACGGGCCAUAUUCAGAGAAAACAGCACCGCAAAGCGCAGGGUUUCUAGGGUUUCCGAUGGUGGUGAUAGACAAGAUCAAGCAAAUCCUGGAAGAACGCUGUCCAGGAGUCGUCUCUUGUGCUGACAUUCUCAACUUUGCCGCUAGAGAUGCUGCUCACUUGGCGGGAGGGCCAUCGUACCCCGUUCUGGCAGGGAGGAGGGACGGGAUGUCGUCCUCUGCGGCAUCGGUGGACCUCCCAUUGGGGGCCGCCCUUUGGGGAUCGGCGCUUGCUUACUUCGAAUCAAGAGGCUUGGAUGUGCUGGACCUUACUACUCUGCUUGGGGGGCAUUCAUUGGGCAAGACCAACUGCAGCGUCAUCGCGGACCGGCUAUACAAUUUCAACAAAACUGGCAAGCCGGACCCAAGCAUGGACUCAUCCUUCCUGGCCCAGAUGAGGGUGCAAUGCCCACCGAACUCAAAGAAUCAAGUGUACCUUGACCCUGACUCAGGCUCCAGCUACAGCUUCAGCAAGUCCUUCUACUCCAGGGUCCUGAACCACCGGGCCGUCCUCGGCAUCGACCAGCAGAUCGCCGCCAAUAACGACAGCUCCCAGAUCGCUCAGCAGUAUGAUGGCAGUUUCGAGGACUUCCGGAAGAGGUUCGCGCUGUCAAUGAGCCGGAUGGGGAACAUCAAGGUCUUGACGGGGAAUCAGGGGGAGAUUCGCAAGAAUUGCCGAGUCGUGAACAGGAAGUAAUCCCGACAUAGAUCGUAUGCUCUUGCAAUCGUUAAGCAAAUGG